GAGUGGGUAUCUACACGUCCACACCUGUUCGGAUGGAUAAUGACAGUUUAUGCCACAGGUGAAUGAAUACGGCUCAGUUUCUAUUAACAGCGAGUGUUUUGAAGCUGCUUUUCUGACUCUGGCAUUCAGAUCGAGCUUGUUGCUCAGUGAUAAUGGAUCUCAAAGUAGAAACCGAAGAAAUGGACACAAAUCAACCUCCACCCUUAGAAGUUUUUGCGCACAGCUCCACUCUGCACGGAAUCUCUCACAUUUUCACAUACGAGCGGUUCUGCAUCAAACGCUGCCUGUGGUCGGUGUUUUUCUUGGGGUCUCUGACCUUCUUGCUCUUCGUGUGCGUGGACCGGAUCCACUUCUACCUCGAGUACCCGCACGUCACCAAACUGGAUGAAGUCACGACCCCGAGCAUGACGUUUCCCGCGGUCACCUUCUGCAACCUGAACGCGUUCCGCUUCAGCCGGGUGACGCGCAAUGACCUGUACCACGCGGGGGAGCUGCUGGCCCUGCUCAACCAGAGGUAUGAGAUCAGGGACAUGCAUCUUGUGGAGGAGAGUGUCCUGGAGAGCCUAAAGGUCAAAGCCGAUUUCCAUAAUUUCAAGCCGCGACCCUUCAACAUGCGAGAAUUCUACGACCGCACCGGUCACGAUAUCAACGACAUGCUGCUCGCCUGCCACUUUCAUGGCACCCAGUGCCGAGCCGAGGACUUCAAAGUGGUCUUCACUCGCUACGGGAAGUGUUACACCUUCAACGCCGGCGGCGAUGGACGCCCGCCUCUAGUCACAACUAAGGGAGGUAUGGGUAAUGGACUCGAGCUCAUGCUGGACAUUCAGCAGGAUGAAUACCUGCCUAUCUGGGGAGAAACAGAUGAGACUUCAUUUGAAGCUGGGGUCAAAGUUCAGAUCCACAGUCAGAACGAGCCGUCCUUUAUCGACCAGCUCGGGUUUGGAGUGGCGCCCGGGUUUCAGACGUUUGUUUCCUGUCAGGAACAGAGGCUGAUAUAUCUCCCGCCCCCCUGGGGAGACUGUAAGGUGUCAGCCAUGGAUUCGGACUUCUUUGACAGUUACAGCAUCACAGCCUGUCGCAUCGACUGUGAAACCAGAUACCUGGUGGACAACUGCAACUGUCGCAUGGUGCACAUGCCUGGCGAUGCCCCCUACUGCACCCCGGAGCUGUACAAAGAAUGUGCUGACCCAGCUCUCGACUUCCUGGUGGAGAGGGACAAUGACUUCUGUGUGUGUGAGACGCCCUGCAACAUGACCAGAUACAGCAAAGAGCUGUCCUUCGUCAAGAUCCCCAGCAAGGCCUCCGCUAAAUAUCUGGCAAAGAAAUACAACAAAUCAGAGCAGUAUAUUAAAGAGAAUAUUAUGGUUUUAGACAUAUUUUUUGAGGCUCUCAACUAUGAAACUAUUGAACAGAAGAAAGCUUAUGAAGUGGCUGGACUUUUAGGUGACAUCGGCGGUCAGAUGGGACUUUUUAUCGGAGCAAGUAUACUCACCAUCCUGGAGAUAUUUGACUACCUUUAUGAGGUGAUAAAGUACAAGUUGUGUCGCUGCUCCGAUAAGAAGCACAAGCACAACAACAACAACAACAACGACCAGGGGACGGUCCUGAGCUUAGACGACGUCAAGUGUCACGUCAGUAACUUUCACUAGGCGUCCGCAGCUGCGAGGACGGAGCCGCUGCACCCUCUCGUCUCUGAGCCGUUUCACAGACUUUGUUUGGUGCAGUUUUCCAGACUGCAGGAGCAAACAGAGGAAAGCGUCUUAACUGGGCCUGGUGAAGGUUUGCGAAGUGGGGAAUAAAGCAUGUGGCUGAAGUGAAGUGAAGUCAGCGCGACGGCAGAAACCAGAGAUCAAACAUGUUGUGAUGAAUUCCAGAAUAAGUGCAUACUCAUCUGUAAACAGCUUCUCAAGACAUAGUAACAGAUACAGUUAAUGGGGGCAUGAACUGAGCUCAUAUGUGUUCAGUAAAUCAUUAGAAAUCCAGCUGUGUGGCAGUGUCUUUCAUCUGUCAAUAGGAAGGAUCUUUGUGAAAUAAGGUUUAUUUUAAGGUCUUUGCAUGUCAGUGCUGCUCAUUCUUUUCACUUUUGUCCUUUAAAGUUUGCCUUCAUCACUCUUUUGUUCUUUACUUUCCAUUUUUAUAUUCAUGGCACCUCAUUUUAUGACCGACGUCUUCCCUUGUUAAGAUCUGAGCAUUUUGCCAAUGUACUGUACUACCUCAUCUUGCAGGGUGACAGCGCCCUUAAGAACUUACAAGCAAAGCAAAUUACUAAUAGAAAAGGUUGUUUCCAUGUAUAGAAAUGAGCAGAACAGCUUGAAACAAAUGAAUCUGGCUUUAUAGCGUAACAUACGCUGAGCAGCAGUCAAAGGUGUUUUUAACAGAAGACAUUUUGACAUGUCACAGCAGGAAAAUCAAAGGUGUAAAUAUUGAAAUGAAUGAUGGCUGAAUUAUAUUUGGCUGCUUCAGUUUCAAGGUCCUGUCAUUGUGCGUGCCAACUUGCUUUCACACUGCGAUGUCUUACAGAACAGCCAUUAUUCAUAGUGUUUGUAAUAACACUUGUUGUUUUCCUGCUAUGACAAGUCCAAAUGUCUGCUGUGAAAGAGGUCACACUUAAGGGACAAGUGCAGUGUAGUGUAGUGCAGCAGUAUCUAAGUUUGCUAUCAUUAGCCUCCAUAAACUACUGGUCAUACCAGACAAAGUAAAUCUGUAGCAGCAAAAUCACUGCGUGUACUCGACUGAAUUGAUUUUUGGGACACAUGCUUAUUUGCUUUCUGGCAGAGUUUUAGACGUGAGAGUCUUACCACUCUCGUGCGAGUCACUGGUUGGCUUAGUUUAUCACAAUGGGUGGAAACGGUUAGCCUGGUUGCUUCAAAUCAUAACUAAAUUUGCCUACAGCACCUCUAAAGCUCACAAAUUAACACGUUAUAUCUCAUUUCUUUACAAAACAAAGUGUAAAAACAAAAGAAAUGACAUUUUACAAAUGAUAAACAACUCAGUAAAACCACAAUGUGUCAUUUUAACCCUUUUAAUUUAAUUUAUUUGCCUUUGGAGACCCUGUUUCCAGGCUUAAUGCUAAACUGGCAUUGCCAAUCAUCUCAUCUAACGCUUCACCAGAAAGCACAGUCGCAUAUUUCCCAAGAUGUUUAACUUUUGCUUUAAAACAUUUUAGUAAAUGAGCUAAAACAAGGAUUUUAACAUGCAUAAGAGAUGGGUGAAUAGACAGCAACACAACCAUAUUAUGAACAAAUAUUUAAAAAGCUCUUCUCCAUGUGGUGCUACAUACUGAAAGAUGUGCUUUCAAAUUCCCUUUCAAUGACAAUCACUGUAAAAAAAAAUAUGAAGGUGAAUUACAAAACAUACAUUGAUUUAAGGAAGUGUUGUACAUUUGUCACAUUUAAGGGAAUUUACCUUCAGUGUGUGUUAACAUGGCAAAAUAUAAACAUGUUGAAUGUGACAUCUUCUAGGGCUCUAAAUUGCAUGUAGCAUUGUACAGUAGGCGUCUUAAAUGAACAAGUUAAUCUGCAGCUUGUGUCAUCAUCUGUCUGUGUGUCUGUUUAAUAUUGUGUGUGUGUGUGUGUGUGUGUAGGGAGUGUGUGAGGGAGUGUGCGUGCGUGUGAACAAUGUUGCCUGAAGUAUUCGCCAAAUUUAGAAGCUGAUAAUGGAACAUUUGGAAAUGCUGCCCUGUAUUGAAACCACUGUAUCUGUUCUCAAUCGGGCUGUAAACAUGUCGGUGCAUGUUUAAUAUCGUCUCCAUUCUGACUCUGUUUACAAAAAUCUAAUAAUAUUCUAUUGCCGUUAAUCGACUUGCACUCAUUCCCAUUGAGCUCAAUGUUCUUCUUAGCAGGAAAUGGGAUCUGUAUAGCUGUGUAGUGUUAUUAUCAAACACAAUCAUACCAUCAACUGUAAUGUACAUACUGGAUAAUAAUCUCAUCGUGUAGUCUGAUCUGUGUAAUAUUGUACUUGUGUUGAUUUGAUAUAGACGAGCUGUGUGUCUCUUUUUCUGUACAUAUGAUUGUAUUUGGUUUACUUAUCAACAAUAUAUUUAUCAAAUAUUAAAGUAUGAGGCUUUUUGUUUGUAUUGCUACAGUAACCGCUGCUUCUUCUGUAUUCAUCAGAAAGUGAACAUUAACAGCUGCAUGAGGUCAUGCAUCUCGAUACGAGUCCUCCGGCCGCCAAGCUUUCAGGUUUCUUUUGUUUUGCCCCCUUUCAUUUUGAGAUAUGAAAUAAUAUUUUUAGUCUGGUGAUGUAUAAAUAUACUUGAAGCAGUUGAUAUAUUAAAGAUUAAAUGCUAACUUUAUGUUACUUUUAUUCAC